AUGGAAGAAGGUAAACUAACGAAGAUAGCAAGAUUUUCAAGCUGUCGCGGCGUUGCAUUUGAGAUCAAUCCUAGCCGAAGAAGCAGUCCUUUUGCAAUCGAUUCACCAACAAAGCCAGAGAGAUCAAUCGGAACCUGGCUUUGGAUUCCAUGGACAAGAAACAAUUCAUUCAAAAUUCUUCCUCACCCUCAAGCUAUUAGUCCGACACGUAGUCGAGCAAGCAGCCACUUCUGUGACAUCAACAUCGACGCAGAUGAUAUCGAGCUAGAGUUUCUAUCAGAAGUUGAAGACAUACAAACAAAUCAAGAAAAAAUUAAGGUACUGCCGAAAUUAGAAGCAACAAAAAGAAAUUCAAGGUUGUCUAUUAUUAUGCUAGAUCAAGGUUUCACAGUUUACAAAGGACUAUUCAUAGUUUGCAUAACCUUGAAUAUGUUAGCACUUGCUCUUUCAGCUUCAGGGAAUUUUUCAUAUGGUAAAUCAAAAGCUACACUUUUCUCCAUUGGAAACAUUCUUGCUCUAACACUAUGUCGAAGCGAGGUUGCGUUAAGGUUUCUUUUCUGGUUUGUUGUCAAAACAAUAGGGAAGCCUUUUGUUUCUCUUAGAAUCAAAACAGCAACCACUUCAUUUCUUCAAAGUGUUGGAGGAAUUCAUAGCAGCUGCGGCGUUUCCUCGAUAGCAUGGCUAGUUUAUUCUCUCGUUCUAACUAUCAAAAACGACAAAACAUCGCCCGAGAUUCUUGCUGUUGCAUUCACCAUCCUCUCGCUCAUUACGCUCUCUUCGCUCGCAGCUUUUCCUCUUAUCCGCCAUCUCCAUCACAAUGCUUUCGAGCGAAUCCACAGAUUUUCGGGUUGGUUAGCUCUUAUCCUUCUAUGGUUAUUCAUUCUUCUUAGUAUAAGCUAUGAGCCAAGUUCAAAAACCUAUCACUUAACCAUUUCAAAGAUGGUUAAGAAACAAGAGUGUUGGUUCACUUUAGCCAUCACAAUUCUCAUUUUGAUUCCUUGGUUAGGUAUCAAAAAAGUACAAGUUCAUGUUACAGCACCAUCAAAUCAUGCUUCAAUUAUCAAAUUUGAUGGUGGUGUUAAACCAGGUUUAUUUGGUAGAAUCAGUCCAUCACCAUUAUCUGAAUGGCAUGCAUUUGGAAUCAUAUCAGAUGGAAAAAACGAACACAUGAUGCUAGCUGGUGCAGUUGGUGAUUUCACAAAAUCACUAGUUUCUUCACCUCCUAAACAUCUCUGGAUUCGUUCAGUUCAUUUUGCUGGAUUACCUUAUCUAGUAAACCUGUAUCAAAAAGUGUUGCUAGUAGCAACAGGUUCUGGAAUAUGCGUGUUCUUAUCAUUUCUCUUGCAGAAAAACAAAGCUGAUGUGUAUUUGAUUUGGGUUGCUAAAGAUAUUGAAAUGAACUUUGGAAAUGAGAUAAAGGAACUAGUUGGAAAAUACUCAAAGGAGAAAGUGAUUGUUCAUGAUACCGCAGUUUCGGGUCGUCCUAAUGUCGCCGAGAUUAGUGUUAAUGCUGCUAUUAAUUGGAAUGUUGAAGUUGUUAUUGUUACUAGUAAUCCUGAAGGUAGUAGAAAUGUUGUUAAAGCUUGUAACAAAGCUAAGAUUCCUGCAUUUGGUCCCAUUUGGGACUCAUGA